CGAGUUCCAACUUACAAGGCCUUUGAUAGUUUUUCAGUUUUUUGUUUCUUUUAUCUCCAUGGUUUUUUCUUUGAAGAUCAUUGUUGGAGACUUUGUUCACAGGCAUGAGGGACUUCAUAAUUGACUUUGAGUACCUAGUAGAAGAUUCUUGACAACUUUGGAUUUGACAUUGGAAGCUUAUUCCGAUUGGGAGUUGAGGAUUUGAGUUUUUUAGAUCGUUUGAAGGCUUGCUGUUUAGUUGAUUAAUUGCAUACUGAGACUAGCUCCAAUGGGAUCGAUUCAGAAUACUGUUCAUUAUUGUUGUGUUUCAAAGGGUAACAGGACUCUGUAUGAAUAUGGUGGGGGAGAUCAUGAGAUAGAAAAUUUGGCUGCCUUGUGCUUGGAAAGGACUCCCCCAUUCCACAAGUGGUAUUUUGAAACAAUAAGUCAAAAGACUUUUGGGUUUUUGAUAGAAGAUGGGUAUGUUUACUUCAUAAUUGUUGAUAAGGGUCUUGAAAACCUUGGUGUGCUUAAGUUUCUAGAGCACAUAAGAGAUGAAUUUAAAAAUUUUGCUAGGAAGGGUUCAAAAGGUAGCUUUUCAGGUAUGAGUUCAAUUGGCGUCCAAGAGCAACUAGUGCCUGUUAUCCAGCGCUUGGUAACUUCAUUAGAACAUGUUUCGUAUGGUGGCAAUGAUUGGAAGGAUGAAACUCCCUCAUCAGAUCAUGAAGGUCUCUCCCCAUCUCCAAAUAACGCCAAUGUGCAACUUGAAGCUGCUAGUUCUACUAAAGCCCCUUUGUUGGGCAAAUCUAAAUCUAGCAAGCAAGAGAAGAAGAAGUUGAAGGAUCACGUGAUUGCAGUGAGAGAUAUUGAGUUGGAGGAGCAUCGGAAAUCUACAGAUAGAGGAGUGAAGCUUGAUUCAACAGCAUUGGAUUCUAAUAACCAAAAUGGAGCAAGUUCUUCGAUCUCAUUGCAGAAGGACUUUGGUUCAAUGAGGAUCAGAUCUGGCUCUCAGAGCAUUCGAAAAAAGUGGUGGCGCCACGUCCGGAUUGUUCUUGCUAUUGAUGCAGCUGUUUGUUUGCUAUUGCUUGUGAUUUGGUUGUCAAUCUGUAAGGGCAUUGAGUGUACCCAUUCAUGAUUCCAAAUCAAUGCCACAAUUGAAGUUUCAUCUUCAGGACCAGGUAUAAAAAAUCCUGUAAGAAUAGGUUUAAGCAGAGAGGGAAUGGUUGAAAGCAAUAUAUCAAUCUUGUUAGUGGGUUUAAAUAUCUCAUCAAGGUAUGUGUCUCAAAUUACACAGGCAGUGGCAUUAGGUGUACAGAGUCCUCUGUAUAGAUUCAUAGUUUUAUGCAUUUGUACAUCAAAAUCAUAUUGUUAUCUGAGUGUUUUUUACGCCAUAUUCUGCAUCAAUUAUAAUGUUUGUAGUUGCGGGCGCAAAUGAGAUUUUCUCUCCACAACUUAUUCUUUUCUGAAUUUCAUGUUUCAAAAUAUAUGCAAAGGUUUAUGUUGAUACUUGAUUAAUCUGCUGAAAGUAGGAAUUUUUGUUCUCAGUUCUCACUGAAUAAAUCUAACAGUUUUAUGUUAGUACUUGAUUUUAAGGAUUGGAUUUAGAAACUCAAGUCAUGAGCUUGGAGUGAGACUGAAACCUAUAGUCGAAAGUGUGCUCUUUGUGGAGGACACUAAGAUCGUAGGAAUCCCAUCAAAGUAUUGUAACACA